AUGCGUCUGAUCGGCUUGUUUUGCUUGUUUUCAACAUGCUCGACGUUCGUAGUCCUUCCCUACAUCCAAAUCGACUUUGCUCACAUGUACAGGGUGGCGCAGUGCAAAGCGAAAUGCGCUGAGAAGGUGAGCAAAAUUUCAAUCAAAUCUAGUCAAAUUUUGAAUCUUUAGUACGGUAAGCCCGCUAAACGAGAUCUUCUUGACGGUUCUCAAGAAGAAUUUUUUGACGUCACUUCUGAAGACAACGUCAAAGUGAGUUGAAAUUUGAAGCAUAACUUUCAAAAAAAAAUUUUGAAGUGCGAACUGGGCUGCCAGCAUUACAUCCGAGGAUACAAGAAGUCGAACCUGACUGGAUCCACUCUGCAAGGCGCCAAGUUCUGGGUCGAGAGCAGCGCUCAUACAGGUAAAAUAUCACUUUUAGCAGAAAAAUCACGGAUAAAUCUAGAUUAACUAUCAAGGAAUUUUGAACUUCCAUCGCGAGAAUUCGCAAAAAAUGUCUGAAUAAAAAAAUAUUUCAAGUUGUUUUCAGAACGACUUCCUUGAAUGGAAAGGUUUACGUAAGAAAUAAUCAUAAAAUGUUUCUUUUUUUCUAUUUUCCCAGCUUUUUUAAGAUUCAAGCUUCUCAGGGCUUUAAAAACCCAUGCAAAUGUCAUUGACAGUUCAUUUCAUUUUUUUUUACUUCUCUCAAAAAAAAAUUCAGGAAGAGUUGGAUCUUCUCCGAUUUCGAGCGUGGAACUCCUGUGCCAAAGCCCCUCGACUACUUAUGAAAUGCUGGACACUUAUGAAGGCAUCAUCGGACUUUCGAGAACGCGAUCCUCGGGCCCCGUUCAGUUUGUCGUCCAGUGGAAACAAAGGACUUACGCCCUUGGCUACUACGACGAAAGCCAGUGGAUCACUGCCUCGGUUAGUUUUCUAAGUCUUCGCUUUCUUGACGAUUCUAAUUAAAGGUGACAGUAAACAUAUGAAAAUUAUCUUUCUGUAGGUAGAAUAAAAUGUUGAUGGCCUGAAAAAUGAGUCAUGAUUCGAUUAUGAUACGAACAAAAAAAGUAAAAAAAGUUGAGUUUCAACUGGAUUUCAUGGAAAAAUUCAAUAAAGAUUUCAACUAUACUCUUAGCUACAAUCUUUUUAUUUAUUGUUCAGUAUUUUUGUAACUUAUUUGCGCUUUCACGAAACGAUUGAUAUAAUACUGUUAAACUUUAUAAGCCUCAAAAACUUUUCAGAAAAAAAAAUUCUGAACCUUAUUUUUUCAGUCCGAGCCAGACACCCUGAUCAAAGUGGAAGGCCUGAUCCCCGGAGUUCAAUACAAGUUCAUGAUCUCUGUGAUCGGACCAGCCGGCAAGCUGGGAGAAACGAUUUCAAGCGAAUGGGCCGAGAUCACGUCAACUGUAGCCCUCAAAGCGCCUGGCGGUCCUCUCGUCGUGAAAAACGGAUACAAUUCGGAACAAGGCGUCAUCGCUCACGUCCAUUUUCCGAGGUGAACAUAUGUAUCUAAUUUGAUUGAUCUGGGGGUAAUUAAAAGUGUUUCCGUCGGCGCCCUCGAACCGGCCAAAGUCAAAGUCAACAAUUAAGUAUUCAGAACCGCCUACGAUAGCUGUCACUAUCGCCUGUACGUGCGCAACGAGACCGGCACUGUUGAAAGGGACAUCACCGUGGUUCGUUAGCACCUCUACUAAUUGGACUAUAGUUAUUUGUUACAGGAUCCGACGGUCCCGAUCUUGUUGCCUGACCUGGAGUUUGACUCCACUUACACUGUUUCUUUGGCGGCCCUCUCAACUGAUGGCAAAACGACUUCCUCUGUUAUUGCCUCCCGAUUCAACUCCUUCCAGUGCCGCCAAGUCUACGGAAAAGGCAGCAUCCAUUGCGGUUGGUUAUUUUUCGUGAAAAUGAAAGACGUUUCGUUCAAAUCAACCAUGAGUUUGUCAAAAUUUUUUUGAAGCUUCAGGUGAAAAUUCAAAUACUUGCUACCUGGACAAGUUUCUGAUUUUUGAGAUUUCGAUCUUUCAAAAUUUACGGACAGAGCUUCAAUAAAGAGUUUCUAGACUAAUAGCUUAUGUCAAAUAUCACAAAGUUGAAUUAUAAAAUAUAAAUAUUUGAGAAACUAAUAAAAAAAUGUUUAGCUCCCGAUCCAGUGACUGACAUCAAAGUUGCUCUGCGGCCAAACGGAACGGCCCUUAUUUCUUGGACUCCUUCAGCUGAAGUCGAUGUCAUCCUGACCUACCAAGUCACUCAUCAAGCCAUCAGCGGACCAUGCAGCCAGAAACCUGUUUCUGUGUAUCUUAGCGCGGUUCGUUUUUAACUGGAUAUCGUUUUUGAUAAUUACGGAAAGAUUCAAAAUUUUUUGCAAUUUUGUACUAUCGGAUUCUUUGUUUUUAAAUCACUAUGUGUGUUCACAUCACAAAGGUUGUAUAAUUUUCCAUGAAAUUCAGAAAUUGAAAAAAAAGAUUUUUUUAAGAUGACUAUGUAGAAGCAUGCGCACUGUGCUUCAUAAUUUCUACUUGUAUCGAAUAAAUUCCAAAAAUUUGUUAGAAAACUUUUUUGAGCGAAUUCCACUUCCAUUUUCCAAUAGCGACCAAAUAAACUCAGUUCAACAUUUUCCUUUUUUCAGACUUCAACUCAACACGAACUUCUGCUCCCACGGUACGAUGAGUGCCAGUUCUUAGUCCGAAUCAUCAACUACGACGCGAUUGGACGAGAAGCUCAGGCAGAAACGCAAAUCAGCGUCGACCGUCCUCUUUCCCUAUCAUCUCAAACAAUUUUCCAGUUCCCUCUUGUAGCAAUUACCAUUGUAGCAUGUCUUGUCAUUCUUUGCAUUGGAUUCAUUCUUUGUUGCCAUUGUCGCUGUUCAGAAAAAUGUCCUGCACGCAUUUCCGAAAAACACUCGAAGGUCUCAGCUUAUCCUUGA